UGAAACUUUUUUUUUUUUGCUGAAUUUGAAUUUGUCACCAAUUUAUUGUCCAGAUUUCAAAACCAAAAGUGGUGUUUUCAUCAUUUUAACCAACCAAGCGAUUGAUCGAAAGCAAUAAAAAAAACCCAAUUCGAUUGUGUGUGUGUGUGUGUGCGUGUAGAAAUAGAAAACAUCAUCAAAAAAAUAAAUAAAACAUCUUGACAUUGAAAUAUUCAGCGAAACAGCCAACAAAAAAAAAAUGGAUAGCAUCCUGUGUGUUUGAAAAAAAAAAAAGAAAAAAUAGAAAUUUAGUCCACAUUUAUCAUCAUCAUCAUCAUCAAAUUGAUUUGAAUGAAUUUGUCGUCGCCGUCCUCUUUGAAGAAUGUGAAUAAUUGAAAACAGUUGCUCAAAAGCUUUUUCUGUGGUUUUAUUAUUAUUUGCUUAUUCAUUUUCGUCUGUGUGUGUGUGUGUGGUGUACCAAUUGCUGUUACCAUACCUGUUGCUAUCAACAUUUUUGAUUUUUUUUUUUAUUAUUAUGCUUAUUACUAUUUAUUGGGCCAUUCAUAGUGGCCAUAUCAAUCAUCAUCGUCAUCGCCAUCGUAAUGGAACAAAGAAUUUAUUUAAACAAUUUUCAUUAUUAUCCAUAUUAUUUUUAUUGACAUCUGGUCCAAUAAUUAUCGAUUGUAAUCAAUGGAAUCAUAAUAAUAAUAAUAGUCAAUAUAAUAAUGAUGGUGAAUAUUCAAUUGCAAAUUUUCUUCCAUCAUUUACAAAAUCAUUAUUAUUUUGGCGACAAUCAGAUUCAUCAGCAAAUAUAUCCCAGAAAUCUGUCAAUCCAACACCAAUAAUUACCAGGGAAAUUUCUCAUUCACCUGUUAUCACAAGUGCUGCCUUAAUGGAUGAUUCAUUAUCCCCUUACAACAAUCAAAGUAUGAUGAUGAUCAAUACGUAUCCAUCUACAACGACAAUUCUGCCCGAUUUGAAUCGAAAUCGUCAAUGUUUUAGCUGUCAAAAUAAUGGUGAUUAUAUGUAUCAAGAUUCGAAUGAAGAAUAUCGGCAACGUAUUGAAUUCAUUAAAGAACAAAUUCUGAAUAAACUCGGUUUGAAAGAGCCGCCAAAAUUACCAAAUCAACCAGAUAUUGAUCUGAUUAAUAUGUAUGCGCGAAUCGUUGGCCAAUUAUCAACAUCGGCAAAACGAAAUGCUGACUAUACUGAACACGAUGAAGAAAUGAAAAAAAAUCAAGCAAAUUCAAAAGAUUUGGAUGAUCAAGAUUUACAGAUUGUUUACAUAUUGCCUAAACAUUAUCAUUAUUAUCAAUUAAAAUCACCAAUAUUUGAUUUACAAUCGAUAAUUCAACAAUCAUCGAAUGAUAAUUUAAUGAUAAAAUCAAUCAUUAUUCUAGUUAAAUAUAAAAUUUCUGAUCAAUCAUUGUCAUCACCGUUGUUAGAUUUAUCAAUAUCAUCUGUAUCCGGCUUAAUCGAAUUGAAACGAAAUGCUGUUUUACAUUCUUCUGCCAAUAAAAAUGUUGAUGAUAAUUUUGAUUUGAUUACUAUUGCAUCGCCAACAUCACGAUUAAUGGCUGAAACAACAACUGAACAACAAAAUGAAGAACAAUCAUCGACAAUGACAUACGAAUAUGAUGUGACCAAUUUAUUAUUGUUAAAUAAUAGCCAAAAUGAUGAGAAUGAUAAUGGUGAUAAUCGUCGUCUUGAUGGUGGCCAAAAUGUUAGUAAUGGUCGAUUGUCAUCAUCAUCUUCGUCGCCAUUAGACAUGAUACGAAUUUAUAAUGAAAAUUUCGAAAUACAAAGCUCAUUUAUCAAGAUUGCAAUGACCAAUGUUAACAAUAAUAAGUUAUUACGUGCAAAACGUAGCGUAGAUUGUACAGAUAAAGUAUCAUUCUGUUGUCGUCAACCCUUCUAUGUGAAUUUUACUACAAUCGGAUGGAACAAUUGGAUAUUACAGCCACCCGGAUAUAAUGCCAACUAUUGUAAAGGACAAUGUGAUGUAAGCCAUGCUCGUUAUCAUCAUACAACCGUUAUUGGAAAAUAUCCGAUAAUAAAACUAUGCUGUUCACCAAGAGAAAUGUCAUCGAUUUCAUUAAUCUAUGUCGAUAAUGAUUAUAAUAUCUAUCAGAAAAAUUUACCAAAUAUGGUUGUCAAAUCAUGUGAUUGUGCCUGAAUCUGGUGAAUCCCGAGGAUAUUGGAAAAGCCUAAAUAUUCGAUCACACCCACCAGAUCUUUUCAAAAAAAAAAAAAAAUCCAAAUCAAAUUCCUGCUUUUUUUUCAAACACACUCACUAAACACAUCGUAUUUAUU